UUGGUCAAAUUUUCAAAAAAUUCUAAGCUCAGUAAUUGUCAAAAACUAAUAACCGUAACUGCAGUGAAUGCUCUCACGUGUCCGAGCGGGUACACCAGCGGAGAUAACGACAUAUGCUACAAGGUGAAACUUAGUUAUUUCGAGGCUUCGGCAAGUUGUGAGAGUGAUGGUGGUCGGCUGGUUUCCAUCCACAAUGCCUUCACAAACAAUCUCAUCCAGCAGCUGGCCCAAAAAGAGGGUGUCCUUGUGUGGUUGGGAUUGAAAUGUUCCGACACGGUAGCGAAAAAUUGCCAAUGGGACGAUGGACAGGGCCCAUCCUAUCCCUAUGACGCCUUCUAUCCUGGAAAUCCAAGCGUAAUUGGGAGCUGUGUACUAAUGAUGAUCGGAGGACAAGCAGACGGCAAAUGGAUCAGUGGGGACUGUGACAACAUGCAAAUCGGCUUUGCUUGCCAAGUUACCCAACAAGUCUCUUUAUCUUCGAUUCACGAUAUAUGUUCUUGUGCCGAUUUCACUGAAUUUGGAGGUCAGUGCUAUCAGGUGUUCGACCAACCGCUGCCCAUGGCUACAGCCGAGUCGCUUUGUAUCGAACACUGUGGUCACAUUACUUCCAUUCAUAGUAAUGAUGAAAAUUCAAUGAUAAGCACACUAGUUGGAGCGCAAACAAACUAUGUAUUGACCGGACUUGUAAGGCAAAGCAGUGGUUCGUAUAAUUGGACAGAUCACACCGCCUUCGACUACAACAAUUUUGGCAACAACAACCCAGCUUUUGGACAAUGUGUAGCGAUGUCUAUGGUCAAUGAACUGGUAAAUAUAGGGAAAUGGAUUACUGUGUCAUGUGGACAGGAAUUGCCAUUUGUGUGCAAGAGAGGUCAGACAACCACACUUUCUAUCGGUACGCUUGCCCCAUCGACAUGUGACGCACCUCAGUUCUUCGAUGGGAGGGGCUCGUUCUACUCGCCAGGAUAUCCGGCAUCUUACCAGGGAACUAAUCCUUGUAUCUACAUUCUGACAGUAGCUCCUGAAGACCUCGUUCAAAUCCACUUCAUAGAUAUUCAGCUUGGCAAUGGCAGCACCUUGGAGUUCUAUAACAGCUUUGUCGAUACCGUUCCAUUCAACACCAUUAGUGGUGAUGUUCCUUCAUCGAAGUAUUUCACGUCGUCUUCUAACGUUAUGAAAAUGGUAUAUCGUGCUGGAAAACAAGCAGCAGACAGAUGGGAAGCCGAGUUUUUACCAGCCAAUGUGCCUGUUUUUCGAUUUUGUUUACAUGGGUAUAUCACCAAUCCCGUUGACCUGUACGGUGGAAGGUUGACAGCAAUGUUUCAGAUCACCAGUCCGGGAUAUCCUGGCAAUUAUCCAGCGCUGGCUCAAUGCCAUUAUGAACUAUCGACAACUCCUGGAAAUAGGAUACUGCUGACAUUCGGAGAGAUCAACACCGAACAGUGCUGCGACAUCAUCAGCGUCUAUGACUACAAUGAAACUCCCUAUAACCCCUUAUUGGACAGGUUCGAUUUAUUCAGCGGACAUAUUGCUGCUGGUGUAAAGGUGUUCACGUCGACUUUCAAUCAGAUGUACGUAGAAUUCUAUACAGAUUCACUUGUACAGGAUACAGGAUUCACGGCUGCAGCAGUCAUUGCACCGUGA